AUGGAUCAAGCCAAGCAACUGACGAAGGCUGAGUACUGUUGCGUAUUGUUGGUUGAUGUGGAGCGAAUGGAGCUUGUGAAGCGGUUCACUGGAUCUACAAAUGACGACAAAGAACUAUCACAACGUCAUUUUCCGAUGGACAUUGGUAUCACGGGGCAAGUGAUAAGCACCGGAACGUUGAUUAAUUGCAAAAUGGCGAAGACCCAUCCGGCGUUCCAUUCCGAAAUCGACUGUAACCCUGGCGUUGAGUGCAAAUCAAUUUUAUGCUUCCCAAUACGAGAACAAACGGGAAUAAUAGGUGUCGGGCAGUUGAUUAACAAAAUCGGAGAUCCGUAUUUUGACGCUAUGGACGAAGAGAUGGCUCUAGCCUUCAGCAUCUACUGCGGGGUCUGUAUCAUGCACUCUGUGGUGUACCAGAAGAUCCAGGAAGCUCAUAUAAGGAAUGCCCUUGCCAACGAACUGGUCAUGUACCAUAUGAAGGUAGGUCAUUCAGAGGUUUCUCGUCUAUUGGAGUUUGGAAUCUCCAUAGUCACCAGUCUCCAAUUUAAUAUCUGGGACGUUGACGUCUGGAAAGCUUGGACAUCAAAUGUAUGGAAUGUUCGAAGAUCUCCGGUUUGGUUUAAUAUAAAGAAACAUAAGCUGGCUCGCUUUAUUCUGCACGUGAAGAAGGGCUACCGCGAUGUUCCCUACCACAGCUGGCUUCACGCGUUCAACGUUGCGCAGUGGGCCUAUGCUGCCUUAAUUAACUAUAAGCUGAUGCAGCAGGGCUAUUUAAGUGAACUACAAGGAUUAAUGUAUGUGAUAGCUGGUCUUGUUCACGACAUGGAUCAUCGUGGUACGACUAACAGUUUUCAAAUACAAGGGCAAACAACAUUAGCAGCUCUGUACUCCAGCGAAGGUAGCGUCAUGGAGCGCCACCACCUCGCUCAAGCGAUGUGCGUGCUCAACACAGAAGGAUGCGACAUUUUGGAGUCCCUUCCGAGGAGGGAUUACGACAGAGCGAUUAUGACAUUACGAGAUUAUAUUCUGGCGACGGACCUCGCUAACUAUUUUAAAAACUUGAACGAGUUCAGAGCGAUUUCUCUGGACUUUCAAAAGGGUAAUCGCGGACAUACAACUGCUUUGCUGUCACUCCUUAUGAAUGCUGCUGAUCUUAGUGAUCAGCUCAAAGAUUGGGGAUGCAUUAAGAAGACGGCUGCGGCAGUUUUAAGUGAAUUCUUUAAGCAAGGUGACGUGGAAAAGAGUAGAGGCGAUUUACCUCCGAGCAUUAUGGACAGAGAGCGAUGUUUCAUCCCAGACCUUGAGAUUCAGUUUAUGACCACCACCUGUAUACCUCUUUUUGAAAUAUUAUCUCGAAUAAUACCAAAAGCGACACCGUGUUUGAAGAUCAUUGAGAACCACAUAGAGAGAUGGGAAGCCGCCAUACCCAUUUUUGCAGAGGUGCCGAUAACAGCUGGUCUGUCUGUCCUACUCAGUCCAGAGUUGGAUAACUUGAUUGAACAAAAUUUGAAAGAGAAAGAGAGGCAACGCCAAGAGGGGAUCGAACCGACUGGGGACGAGAACGCUGAUUAA